GCACAUUACCUACAGAGCCACACGUCUACCAAUAGUUUCCUCCUCGUGCUCUUCAGUGCACGCUCCUGGAAUGGCGAUGUCCCUGCAACUUUGUGCACCGAGGAAGAUUUAACUCUGGAAUCAGCCUUCUGUCAUUUACUGAACACAACUUGGAUGACCCUGACAACACAAACACAAGCUGCUUUGACAUGCUGAUGGCUGAACUUCACCUGCCUCCCAACACGGCCACAAUGAACUCAUUUACUCACCAAAAGCGGCCGUUAAUGCGCUCCUGCAGUGUUGGAGACACCACCAACCAACCCGCCACACGUCAGAGUCUGAAGCAGUCCGCCGACCAGUGCAAGGAACGCAAGAAAAUAUCUCGACAGCGACGCAUAACCGUUGCGUCAUAUAUCCCCCAGUCUAUGGAUCAGAAUGGAAACGUCUCAGAGAAGGACGUAAAGAGCCAGGAGGCCAAACCUCUCUGCGAGCUGAACACAGAGGAAGUCUGUCAGUGGUUUACCAGGAUUGGACUACAAAAAUGUCUGCCUUUCAUCAGAGAGGCUAAACUGUGCGGAGGAGACGUCGCCUCCGUGGAUGCAGACGUUCUGGACGUCCUCCACGUUGUCACAAUGGAGGACAGGGAGCAGCUGCUGGCGGCCAUUUAUAACGAGCUUCACCCUCCCAGCACCGUGACUCAGAGGCUCGACUCGUUGCUUGAGUCUAACAGUGUGGAGACGUUUACUUCAACUUUAGCCUCAAUGACUCAGUCCAAGUCCUCUCCACACGUGAGCUGCUUGAGUAUGAACCGACGUUCCUUCAAGCUCAGGUAA